AUGGGUUGCUGCGUCUCCAAGUACGAUGAUCACGCCACUCCCGAGGAACGUCGAGCGAAUGCGCUCGCAGCGGCGGAAUCGCGCAGUAAAGCGAACGAGAUGCGCGGCAUCAAGACCGCGAGCAUGGCGAACAAAGUGCGGGUGAACUCAACCGCGAGACAGAGCGCAUCGACGUUGGGUGAUCGAAAGGCGGAACAGAUGGCGCGCGACUGGGCGAGCUGA